AUGCAACGAUUGCGGACUACCUUCAAACGAUCACGGACGCCAACGCCUCAAGAUAUGAAGACCCAGAGCAGCCUCGAGGUACCUAAACAGGUCCGGUCGGCGUCGUUCGAUGAGAUCCAGUUGGAGGCUGCGCGGGGAUCUGGUACGAGUGUUCUAUUAUCAGUUCCUCAACACGGAGCCCGCAGCCGUUCCUUUGACUCCGCCGGAUCUGAUGAUUCAGGGACUUAUCUUGAGGUACCUCGAUUAUGGUCGCGGAGACGAUCCGGAAAGGGUACUCCGCCACCAUGCGUCCAUUGUCGGCAUAUGGAGACGUGGUUGGCUCGCCGCAGCGAAGAAAGGUCUACUCCUGAAAGACCACCGGCUUCUUCCUCUGCGGAGGAUGAUGAUGAAGAUGAUGAUGAAAGUGAUGUGGAAAUACCAAAGGUUCUACUCGCACCGGUUCCGUUACCGAAGACAUUACUACCACCGCCAUUACAGUCGCCACCACCGUCGCCAGGCGCACCAUCUUUUGAGCUGCAACCACCCAUCGAUGAACCCCCAGGACCUCCUCAACGAAGGCGCUCCAUAUCGCGACAGGAAGCGUUUUUUGUUGAACCGACUGGCAGCUCACUAGAGAACGUUCGUGCGUCAGAACAGGGCGCUAAUAAUGCACCAAGAGACAGUUUGGUUCAUGAUAUCUAUUUGGCGGUUCCGGAACUUAAGCGGGAUCGUGCGGCUUCAGUUGAUUCUUGCUUCUCAAAAUUAUCUGGCGGUUCUAGAGCGGAGGAGUUAUGUGAGAAUGGUGAUUCGUUGACUGUGCCGGGUACAAGUCUUAGGUCGCGAUCAGUGGACAUUGUUUUGCCCACCGCUGAACAAUCUCGUUAUAAAGCACUGUCUUUGACCAAUCAAGUGCCUCAGCAGGUUAAUUACCAAGUACCAGAUGAACCUCUACCUGCUCCGGUGGUACUACAUACUCUAGAUACCAGCUGGAGGGGCUGUACAACGGAGGCGCUCAGGUCUUUUAGGAGUUCUAUGCUCUCCUGGGGCGCGGGGUUGGCGGGAGCGGGAAGCUCCCGUUGCGCUCCUUCAGCCCUGCCCGUGCCCAUUGAAGAGUACUCCAGCGAUGAUACUAUCAUAGAGGCUCAAGGAGCCCUGCUAGCGGGCUCUGUGGCCAGAACGAGGAGACGACAUGCCGUUAAGAUCAAAAGGAAAUCUAAAGUAGCCAUCAGGGCAUUAAGACGUACUAGUGAGUCGGGUGGAGCUCGUGUUCUUCGUUCGACACCAGAUUGGAGUGACGCUGCCAUCAGUGGAGAACAUCUCUGGGCCCCUACUUCGGUUUCCGGGGACUGUUGUUAUGUUGGUGACACUGAAUGUCAGAAACAUGGGUCUCGCAUGAAAUGCUCGGCGUGCAAGAUCGUAGCUCACCAGUCAUGUAUAGAUAUUUUGAUCGAUCGGGUUCAGUUCACGUGCAAGCCGACCUUCAGAGAUGUCGGCAUCCGCCAGUAUCGAGAACAGACCCUCACUCAUCACCACUGGGUACACAGACGAUCCGAAAAGGGCAAGUGCAAGGCAUGCGGAAAGUCAUUCCGGCGCAGUUGCUGCGACUGGUGCAUACCAUCACAGACACCCGUAGAAAAUGCUAUAGAACUUAGAGAUGACAUUGACGAUCGCUCGCUUCAAGCAAAAUUGUCAUUUAGUUCCAAAGAAAUCGUAGCACUGAGUUGUUCUUGGUGUAAAGACGCCUACCACAACAAAGACAGCUGUUUCAACAUACAAAGGAUAGGAGAAGAAUGCUCAUUAGGUAUACAAUCUAACAUAAUUGUGCCGCCGUCGUGGAUCGUGAAAUUACCUCGCCGAGGAAGCUUUAAGUCUUCAUUAAGGAAAUCGCCUAAAAAGAAAAAUACCGCAAAGAAAAAGGGUAAAGACUCGAAGACUGAACAGCGAACGUUCAUAAUAAAGCCAAUUCCUACGGCCAAUGUAAAACCGGUACUGGUUUUUAUAAAUCCAAAGAGCGGAGGCAAUCAGGGUGCUAAACUUCUGCAGAAAUUUCAGUGGCUGCUUAAUCCGAGACAAGUCUUUGAUCUCACUCAAGGAGGCCCUGGACCGGGGUUAGAAAUGUUCCGUAAAGUGCCAAACUUGCGUGUACUAGCCUGCGGUGGUGACGGCACAGUGGGGUGGGUGUUAAGUGUUUUAGACCGGAUAGGUUCGAGACCUGCUGUUGGCGUACUACCACUCGGUACUGGCAAUGAUUUAGCAAGAGCACUCGGUUGGGGAGGGGGUUACGAAGAUGAGCCGAUAUCUAAAAUCUUAGCACACAUCGGAGAGAGCGAUACGGUGCUGUUAGAUCGCUGGCAACUCAAGGUUGAACCAAACGAGGCGGCGUCGGGUGAAGAUACUAGUAAUGCUAAACCCGAACUACCUCUAAACGUCGUCAACAACUACUUUUCCUUCGGUGUCGAUGCGCAUAUCGCCUUAGAAUUCCACGAGGCAAGAGAGGCUCAUCCGGAGAAGUUUAAUUCUCGGAUCAGGAACAAACUGUUCUAUGGGACAGCGGGUGGUAAAGAUCUGAUGCAACGCAAAUGGAAGGGUCUAGCGGAAUUCGUGACGAUGGAGUGUGAUGGCAAGGAUUACACUCCAGUGCUCAAAGAACAUAAAGUUCACGCCAUCGUUUUCUUAAACAUUCCAAGUUACGGCGGUGGUACACAUCCUUGGAAUAAAUCGGGUGGAAGUGCGGAUCCCUCUACAGAAGACGGUCUUAUAGAAGUUGUGGGUUUAACUACCUACCAAUUGCCGUUAUUACAAGCGGGCGGUCAUGGCACAUGUAUAACGCAAUGCAAAACAGCUAAAAUAGUGACUACUAAAGUUAUUCCCAUGCAAGUGGACGGUGAGGCUUGCAGGCUAGCGCCCUCUGUUAUCACACUUUGCAGACUAAACCAGGCAACUAUGUUAGCUAAAAAGAAACCAGGGAGAGUUUUAGCGCCACAAACAACGCUAGACAAACUCUCACUAACAGUGAAUCUCAUUACGAUGGCUGACUACGAACGUCAUCAUUACGACAAGGAGUUGUUAGCUAAAACAGCGGAACGGAUCGGCACUUUAGAAAUAAAUCCGGCAGCCGACCUGGAGCAAAUGCGUGUUCUUAUACAAAACAUGAUCAAAGAAUCUCACGUUUACUCGAAUCUCGUUGAUUGGUGGUUCGUUGACUCUGUCACGGCCGAACGGUUCUUUAGGAUCGAUAAAGCGCAGGAGAAUCUUCAUUAUCCAACUGAUAUUGGGCAUGAGAAUAUAUAUAUACUAGACGCAGCGCCUCUCACUCCCGACACAGAAUCAACUGUGCACCCAGAAACUACUGCGACCGCGUCCCUUGACCGCACAGGGCCAUCUGUGUCGCUUGACACUACAACGGGACUAUCAGUGUCUUUAGACAUCUCACAGAGUGUCGACACACCAAGCGCAGGAGUGUCGCUCGAUGUACCAGAAUCUCAUGCCAGUGAAUCCGGUUUCGCAAGCCCCGCUCGAACCUCAGAAGAAUUAUUAUCGCCUCAAACACCGCCAGCCAAUUUGGGUACAUCAGCUUCAAGAAUGUCCAACAUGCCUUCUAAAUCGCUACAACCCCCCAAAAUACCAUCCCUACAAGACUCAAACUCCCCACCACUAUGCAUAAGCCCACCAGUUAAAGACAUGCAACCAAGUCGCGAUUCUAUAUCAAGAUUUAAAACCGUUCACGAAAAACUAUUUGGAUUUGACCAAGACGUGUUUGGCUGUAGAAAUUUAUUAGAGAAAACUUCAGAUACGCUGUUAAAAGCUGCAAAAGUUGGCGAUUUGAAAAUGCUAAAGGAGUUACACUCGGCUGGUUAUUCGCUGCUGUCAAUUGAUUCGACUGGUCAGACGGCACUACAUAUAGCUACUAGAUACGGAAAUAAAGAGAUUGUGAAGUAUCUCAUAGCUAGUGCGCCCACAGCUAUAUUGAAUAUGAGAGAUAACGAACGUGGGCAGACAGCGCUACAUAAAGCUGCAGCUCAUAAAAGACGAGCUAUAUGCUGUAUGUUAGUAGCUGGGGGAGCUUCUCUGACGCAGCAAGAUCACACCGGACUUACUCCAAGGCAUCUAGCCUUGAGAGCUGAUGACCACGAUUUAGCCGCGUAUUUGGAAAGUAAGACAUGCGACAGAAUGAUUGACAUAUUAGUUAGUUGUCAAAUCUAA